AACUUGCUGUAACCCUCCGUGCUAGCAUUAGUUCGUGGCCCUCCCUGCAACGUUCGUCCUUCCCCCGUUUACUAAAUGUAGUACCACCAACUCGAGAUCCGCGCGUCUCUGCCCCAACCCGCUUGUGACCAGCAUCGCGCGUCUCCUCUUCUUCUUCGUUUCCGCUGUCAUGAAGAAGCAUCAUCAUCUGCUGCUGCUGCUGCUGCUGUUCACCUGCUGGACGCAUCGCAGCACAGUGGUGACGGCGCGGCGAAUCCAGAGCGCAGACUUCAAAGUGUUGCUACAGCUGGUGGAAGUGUGGGGGAGCUUCCCCGACAGCAAGACGUGGUCGACGAACAGCGACUGCUCCACAGUGCAGGGCAUCACAUGCGAUGCUGAUGGCUAUGUGGUCUCCCUGUCAACAUCUGGCAACUCGUUUUUUGCGAUCAUUCCAGACGCCAUCAGUGGGCUGCAGCACCUUACACUCCUAUCCGUUACAUCCAGUGGUCUAGCGGGCCCCCUGACCCCCGCCCUCUUCAGUCUGCCGCUUCUCAAGGCCGUCGACUUGAAUGACAAUAACCUGAUGGGUGUUAUACCAGACGACAUCAGCAAGCUCUCACGCCUCACGUACUUGAACCUCCAUGACAAUAUUUUCAAGAAGCCCAUACCCGAGUCACUGUCUCGCCUCAGCCAACUGAUCACACUGAACCUGGGAAUGAACAUAUUUCUCCAAACCAUCCCGUCUGCUAUCAGCUCUAUCACUACCCUCCAGACACUGGUCCUAAGUGCGAGCGCUUUUCUUGGAACCAUUCCGGAUUGGCUUUCCACAAUGCCCAAUCUGAUGAGCUUCGAGGCACAAGCGAAUCUUCUGGAGGGCACCAUACCAGCCUCUCUUGGCCGCCUGACCCGGCUUACCACACUCAACAUGGGAAGGAACUCUCUUGAGGGGUCUAUUCCUGAAGAGUUGGGCAACCUAGUGAGCCUUGAAGAGCUCAUGCUUGAAGUAAGCCACCUGAAUGGAACUAUUCCUGCCUCUUUGGGAGCACUGAAUCGGCUCAGCAUCCUGCAGUUGGCUUGGACAAACAUAUCUGGGACGUUGCCUUCAUCAAUUGGAAGCCUCACUCGGCUUGAUGUUCUGUACCUGGAGAGCAUGCGGCUCACUGGCACUAUCCCCAGAUCGUACUCGAACCUCCAGAGUCUUGGCCUCCUUAUAUUGAACAGGAACUCUCUCUCAGGCGAUGUGUACAGCAUCACCAGUACCAUGACCAACCUUCUCACACUUGACGUGUCCACCAACCAGUUCACGGGCCGGCUCCCAGCACCCCCGUCGCCCCGCCUGCAGUUCUACUUCACGCACCGUUGCUUCUUCUCCCACGGUGCUGUCGUGCCGCCGAAAUCCAACCGCACCUUCUACGCCAACAUCUUUGGCAACUGCCUGCCCAACACCACUACUGUUGAAGGGGAGUACGGCCACCAGAGGAGUGCAGAGGAGUGCGCCGCCUUCUGUGGCCUUCCUGCUGGGGACGCCAGGCCGCUAUGCAGUGGGCAUGGCGUGUGCUCGUACAUUGCUUCCGUGCAAGAAUCAGCGUGCAUCUGCGAUAGCAACUUCGACAACCAGGCUGGACCCCACUUCUGCACCUACAGCGUCCUGCCUUCAACCGAGUCGUCCCAGUCAACGCCGGUCUCCCUGUCUGCUGCAGCGACUCAGCUGUUCAACGGCAGCAUCAUCCUCACGCCAUCCGCCAGCAGCACAUGGGGGGCAGCCGUGGUGCAGACGCCCAUCCGCCUCUUCCACUUCAUCGACAGCCCCAGCCCGUGCGGCACCCCCUUUGCCUUCAACGUCUCCUUCACCUUCGCCAUGAGGCCAGCAGAGCAAGUCAUGGGGGGGGAGGGCCUGGCGUUUGUUGUGAGUGCGGCGGCACCGCAAGGGGCAGCAGCAGGUGUGGGGGUGGGAGGGGUGGGGCGGCGGAGUGUGGGAGUGGAGUUUGACUCGGUGCUGAGUGUGAAGCACAGCGACCCCAACGACAACCACGUGGGCGUCAAUGUGGGCGGCUCACCUGUGUCCCUCGCCUCUGCCACGGCCCCUCUCAUCCUCAACGACGCCCAAACCAAGCACGCCUGGAUCCACUACGACCCCACCAGCGGCGGCACUCUCCGAGUCUUCCUCUCCUCCAACCCUGUUCAGCCCCUCACCCCCACCCUCCGCGCUCGAGUGUCCCUCUGCUCCAUCCUCCAGCCUACUGCUGCGGACACCAACUUCUUCUUCAGCUUCGUCGCAACAACGGCGGAUACGGCUCAAGAAAACAUCAUAUUCAAGUGGGAGAUUGUUACAGGUUUACCACCAUGCCUACCUCCCAAUGCACAAGACCUGGCGCUGGGGUUUGUGUUGGACGAGGACUCCUUCUCAUCUCAGGGCUUCAAUUCCGCCUUCCACUAUGCCAGUGCGGGAUUCGCGCCAGCGCAAGACAACAGCCCCGCAUGGCUUGUCAAGUCCUUUGCCUCCUGGGCCUUGCCUCAACCUGUCUGGCCUGUCAAGAACCAAAGGGGCUGCGCGGACUCGUGGGCGUAUGCCGUGGUGGCAGCGGUGGAGGCAGCCUACAGCAUUGCCAGCAACUGGUCACAGCCCCCCGUGCUGUCGGUGGACCAUCUGCGCCUCGCCCUCUCCUCCAACUGUGACGGGGGCUCCCCCACCAAGGCGCUGCAGUUCCUCCUCAACGCCACCGCCCAGGGCAGGGGGCUGCUGGAGCAGGCAGCUUACAUUGCCUCCUCCAUGAAAGCCAUGAGAUCUCUGGGACGUACAGCAGCUGGCAAGGCCAGCACGAGGUACUAUGGCGUCCGGGGCAUCGAGCGCACGGCCUUCUACGGGUGGUUUGGGCUCAUGCUGGCAGUGCAGCGCCAGCCAGUCAUUGUGCACAUCGAGGCUUCCGCACCCUCCUUCCAAGACUACGAUGGGAGUGGUACCUAUGCUGACGAGGCGUGCUUCACGAAUCAUCUCAAUCACGUGGUGCUGGUGGUGGGCUACCUGGUGUACGGAGUUGACUCUGCUAAGCCCGACCUGCUGCCACCCUUCUGGAUCAUCCGCAACUCAUGGGGCGCAGAGUGGGGCGACCAGGGCCACAUGCGAAUGGACAUUCGCAGUGGCGAUGGCAUCUGUGGCAUCAACACUCUCCCGGGGCUCUUCCCCGUCGUCAGAAUGCCUGCCGACCCCUGUGGCCUGCGGUCCUACAAGAUUGGGAGUCUCGGCCCUGUCUUCAACCCGUGUGGCCAGUUCAACUGCAGCACCAAGGGCACUGGCAAUCGCUGCAAGUGCUCUGAUGCCCGCUUUGCUGAAGUGAAGAACACCGAUGGAUCCUACACCUGUGCCUAUGUGGACGUGUGUGGGUCCAGCAGUCGAAACCCGUGUGUGGUGGGCACGUGUGUGAACGAUGGCAGGGGCAGCUACUCCUGUGUGUGUCCCAGGGGCUUCAUUCAGGGCACCAUGAUUGGUGGAGGCUUCUCUUGCACCCCUGGCCAGGCACAGGGCAAGUACAAAGUGCUGGGUGCCAACGUCUUGUGCUCGCACAUCACGACUGUCUUCAGCCUGCCGCUUGCUGACUUCCUGCUGCUCAACAAGGGCGUUUCUUGCUCCAAGCCUCUGCGCAUCAACACUGAGGUUUAUGUGAUCUCCAACGCCCGGGACUGCAGUGUCUUCUACACCACCAGUGUAGGUGACACGUGUGCGGGGGUGGGGCGGCAGGUGCAGCUGUGUGGGGAGGGGGCGUCGGAUGCGGCGUGUGAGACUGCAUUUCAGGCGCUCAACCCCGCUGUGGACUGCUCGUCCCUGAAGCCCUCCCAGGCGGUGUGCGUGGAGAGAGACCCCUCCAAGGCCAACCGCAUAGCUGUGUGCGACGAGUUCCUCCGGCCCGGGACAGAUGACACGUGCAGCAGCAUCAGGGACAAGGCAACCCCUCCUCUGAGCACGCUGGAACUAUACCGCCUCAACCCCGGUAUCGACUGCAACCAGCCCUUUCCGGCACAAAACUUUGAUUUCAAGGGGUCUCUUGAACAGCAGAUCUGCACCAAGAGUUCAAGUUCCUUUGAAAUUGGGACUUGUCCAACCGACAACGAGUAUUUCUUCAUGCCGACAGACACCUGCAAAAGUGUUCAAAUUGCGCAAUUCCAUGGAAUCAAGGGGUGCUACCGGAAGAUGAAUGGGUAUGAAUGUGUAGAUAAGAUGAUCCCUGGAACAAAAGUUUGUUUACCAAACUACGACGGUGCUCGGAUUGGAAAGUGCUCUUUUUAAGAGUCGCCAUGAUAGUGUUUAUGGGACCCAUAUUCUAUU